AUGGCUUGGGUCAGCUGGAGGAAAAUGUGCAAAUCAAAAUCGGAUGGUGGGAUGAGUUUUCGCAAUCUACAAGCCUUUAACUUAGCAAUGCUUGCGAAGCAGGCAUGGCGUAUUAUGACGAACCCGAACUUAUUGAUUGUAAGAAUCUACAAAGCCAAGUACUUCCCUUUUGGUAAUAUUUUGGGUGCAAAGCUUGGAAGCAGCCCCUCUUACGCGUGGAGAAGCAUUUAUAAUAGUUUGGAGGUUAUUCGGAAGGGGGUAAGGUGGAGAGUUGGCAAUGGGAAGAUGAUACAUAUUUGGGAAGACAAGUGCCUGCCUAAUCCUACUACUUACAAAGUAUGCUCCCCUCUACAAGAUAUUGGAGAUUUUCCAAUGGUGUCAUUGCUAAUCGAUGAAGAAACAAGGCACUGGAAAGUGGAGAUGGUUAAGAGGUUUUUUCUUCCUUUUGAGGCUGAAACCAUCCUUAACAUUCCCCUCAGCUAUAAUUUAUCGGAAGAUAGCAUAAUUUGGUUAGGAAACAAACGGGGAGUUUUCACUGUUAGGAGUGCAUAUUUUGUUGCACUUCCUAUUGUGGAAAAUUCAGAGGAGGAUGAAUGCUCAAGCGGUGACUCUAGGACUCGCUUAUGGAAGAAGGUUUGGCAACUCAAGCUCCCUGCCAAAGUUAGAAUUUUUGCUUGGAAGGCUUGUAUGGAUGGGCUGCCCACUAAGCUGAAUUUGGCUAAGAGAGGUCUAAAUGUGGGGGCUGAAUGUCCUCUCUUUGAAAAGGCUGUUGAAAGCUCUAGCCAUGCCUUAAUUUAUUGUAAUAAGCUUUGUGAGGUGUGGUGGAAUUGGCAGGAUUGUCCAAUAAACUUGUUGGCUGUGAACAGAUGCUUUGUGGAUUUAGCAGUGGAAAUAUUAGAUGCUGGCUCUCCAAAUGACCUUGAGACUCUCUUUGCUACUACGUGGGCUAUUUGGUUUAACAGAAAUCAAGUGGUUCAUGAGUCUAAAAGAAGUCCCCACUCUCAAAUUUGGAACCUGGCAAGGUGUACACAGGAGGAUUACAAAAAUGCAAUUCUGUUUUGUCGGGCUCAACAGCAACAAGCCCCAGAUAUUGGUUGGGCAGCACCUCCUCCGGAUGUAUAUAAGAUAAAUGUUGAUGGUGCUACGGCUGGGAUUGGAUGUAGGUCCUCUAUGGGUGUAGUCAUUCAAGAUUGUUGGAGGAUGGCUAUUGCUGCGGUUAGUAAGGUGUUGAAUGGAAACUAUGGGGCGGCUGUUACAGAAGCUUUUGCAGUAGAAGAAGGGAUUCGGUUGGCUAAGGAGAUGGAGCUUCAAAGAAUUAUUGUGGAAUCUGACUCUUGUGAAGUGGUUGAUGCUAUUAAUGAGAGUAGUUGCAAUGGUGAAUUUGGGAUGGUCAUCCAAGGUUCUGUGGAGCUGCUACGGUUUUUUCAAAGCUGGAAAAUGCAACAUCUGAAAAGGGACUACAACAGAGUUGCGCAUAAGCUGGCUCAGUUAGCUAAAUCUUCAGGCUCUUCUCAGCAGUGGAAAGGAAUUGUGCUGCCUGUCAUUCAGCAUGUUUUACUGUUAGAUAGAGCUAAGUGUUAA